CCAGGUUACUGCUUGGAUUAGAAAACAGACCAAGUUUAUUGGAUUUUAACCUUGAGGUUGUAGAAGUUGUAUCUGAGCAGAAACGACAAGUUAAUCAGGUUAUUAGUGUUUUGAUGGUGAAGGAAACAAAGCUAUAUGAUUUACUGAACGUUUCUCCAGAUGCCAGUUUCACGCAGCUGAAAAAGGCAUACCGUGCAGCGGCCCUCAAGUUCCAUCCCGAUAAAAUAGUUGCCAGUGGCGAGAGCGAGGAAAAGAAGAAGGAGGCAACCAAAGUCUUCCAGGAGAUAACCACCGCAUACGAGAUUCUCUCGGACGAGAGAAAACGACAGGCAUACGACACAUACGGAGAGGCAGGGCUCAAGGGUGGUCCUGGCCCAAGCUUCUCGGACCGCUUCCAACAGGCUGAGUCAUUCGUUGAUCAGUUAUUCCGCUCGCCCAUGGGGAACUCCCAGAGACGCUUACGGAAGGGCAGGGACAUUUUGCAUACGGUAUACUGCUCGCUUGCAGAUUUUUACAACGGAAAGACUAUUAAGCUAAGUUUGACGAAGAAGAUCAAGUGUCCAGAGUGCGCUGGUCGUGGAGGCACGCAGCUAUUGCAAUGUCCCGCUUGUUUGGGACACGGAACUAUUGUGAACGAGACAAGAAUGGGAAUUGUGUACCAGCGCGUGCAGACAACGUGCCACCAAUGCAACGGCUCGGGAAUGUACAUACCCCGGGAGUCUACAUGUGAAACGUGCCAUGGCAACAGAUUGAUCGACAAAAAAGUCAUAUUGGACGUGGAAGUUCCAAGGGGAGUCAAACCCGGUUACCAGGUUGUUUUUGAAAACGAGGCCGACGAGGGUAUUAAUAUUAUUCCUGGCGAUGUGGUGAUAACAUUGCAAGAGGAUAAGAGACGACCAACUAAGAAUUUCCAGCGCCGAGGUAACAACUUGAUAACAUCAGUCACAUUGUCGCUCGCCAAGGCACUUUGUGGUGGUUUAUUGAAGAUCGAACAUUUGAACAAGAAAAUAAUGAAAAUAUACGUCAACAGGGGGGAUUUGGCUAAUCCAAACACUAUAAUGGUAGCUAAGGGAUAUGGUAUGCCAAUUUAUGCUGAAACUGACUUUGGAGAAACAAAAUAUGGGGACCUAAUCAUAAAAUUUAACAUAGAGUUCCCAAAGAUGAACGAGUUAUCAGAAGUGCAAUACAAUAUGCUGAGCAAAGCACUUGAUCCUAGCUAUAAGCCAAAAAACAUAUCAAGCUCAUCUUCGUCGGAGGACCCCGCGAAAUAUUCAUAUAAAUAG